CCUGGUUCAUUGGGCAUAACGGGACCGGGGUUUUCGCUGCCGACUUGUCAUUAGUGCAUCUCUUGAGGAAUCUGAAACGAGUUUUAGAAAUGGGCGCCAUUUUCUUUCUUUGGACUUGCAGCAUGGCAGGCAUGGCAGGCAUGGCAUGCAUGGCAAUACCUAUGCCUAUGCAAUCACUCACCCCGACCAUUCUACACCAAGCAGAGACGCCAUGUUGUGAUUUGAUCAAUUCAACUAGCCCAACCACCGCGCUACCGCACCUUCGACUAUGCAAAUCCAUCAUUUCCAAACCACUCGUUGAGCGCUUUCAUCGGGUGCGCCAUGGAAAUUCACGCUCGUAAGAAUUGCGGAGAUGGUCAAUUUUGUAGGCCGUCUUUGACGAAGCAAUACCCAAUCGAUCUUUUGUUAGCCGCCAGGCCAA